AUGGGAAGACUGGCCAGGAAAGGCACCGGCAUGGUGAAGCUUGGCCCUCUGAGCAUCCUCCUGAGCCUCCUGGUCCCCACUCAUGCCAUCAGGUCACCUGACUGCGGGGGCAUCCUCACCCCAUCAGGCCUGAGCUACCUCGCUGAAGUUUCAAAGCCGCACGCAGAGACCGUCCUCAGGCAGGACCUGAUGGCCCCAACCGUCCCGGACCUGUUUCUCGGCUCCCGAGAGAGGAACCAGAUUGACUCCGUCAAAGUCGCCGACCUGUCCCUGUCACUCAUCCCCGACGCCGGGCUGCGGCUGAGCAUCGAUGUGGACCUCGGCGUCACACCCGCCCCCUCGACCACCAAGGAGAUGAGACUGUCCAUCCUGGCGGACCUGCACGUGGAAAUGAACCCCGAAGGGAACCUGGAGCUGGUGACCUCCACCUGCAAACCCACCGUGGAGGAGACGCAGAGCACCGAGGAGAUGGAAAGCAAGUCCUCUAGUUCAGAUGUGGACAAGGUGAUUAACGUCGAUAAGAUUUGCCUGGAAGUCUCCAAAUUGCUGCUUUUGCCAAAUGAACAGCUGGCAUCUCUGACUGCUCAGUUCCCCAUCACGCCGAGCUGCCAGGGCCAGUACCUGCCGCUGGCUGCACCCAUGUUCUCCGAGCAGGGAAUCACCAUAUCCUUGCAAACGACUUUCCAGGUGGUGGGGAUGGGGACCCCCCUGCCAGUCAGCCCCGUGCCGUUCAGCAUGCCCGAGCCGGCGAGCUCCAGCCCUUACCACCUCGAGCCGGCGAGCUCCAGCCCUUCCCACCUCACCCUGGCUUUCUCCGAGCACUUCUACACCAGCCUCUUCUUUGCCCUGGAAAUGGCUGGAGCCUUCAACAUGACUAUCCCGGUGAGUAGAGCAAGUCAGCAGGGAAGGAGUAGAGAAUGUGUGUUUGGAGGGACAGCCCUGCCCCAUGAAGGCCCUGUGUUCAGGAGCUCGCCCCGGGUGGUGCUGGAGGAAGACAAGGCGACCCUGAAGCUCUUCCUCACGGUCCACGUCGGGGCGGGAUCGCCGGCUUUCCAGAGCUUCCUGAGCGUGAACGUGGACAUGUCUGCAGGACUCCUCCUCAGCGUUGCCAGCACCAGGAUGAUGAUCUCUGCAGCAGCGAUAGAGGAUGUCGAGCUCAGCCUGGCUGCCUCCGACGUGGGCCCCGUGCCGGCUGACUUACUGGAGGAGCUGUUUCUGCCCACGGUCCGUGGGGAGGUACCGGCUCAGCUCAACGUGGUCCUGAGCGAAGGCGUAUUCCUGCCCCACAUCUCCAGCUUCACCUACACCGACGUCAGUGUCGUCAUUCACAAGGACUACGUCUUGGUCCCCUGCAACCUCCAGGUGAGGACUGGAGAGCAGACCACCACGGGCUGA